AUUCAAUUUCGUAGCAAAGCUUUUGCUAUAAGAAAUCAAUACUUUCUAUCAAUAUGUUCAAUUUCAUCUAUGCGUUAUUUUAGUCGCCACAAUAUUUCACACGUUUCAAACGCCUGCAUUUCACCGAACAAAUAUUGCCAUUUCAAACAUACGAAUACCAUCUACAUCUCUUAUAGACAUAUGCAAAUAUGUGCAUAAUAAUAUUUAUAAAAGAAACAGAUGGAAUGUACGGAAGAAAUAUUGUAUUCACUCGGGUCAGUUUCCACGAACGAUAUUUUCCAUAUGAUCGCGUUUCAUGUAAAACUGUAACUGAUGUAGCGAUGAAAACUGUCGCUUAAAGCCAUCACUGCAUCCCUGUUCGGCUCGCAAAAAAUCGCAUGACCGAUGACUUCAGUGUCGAUCGGAACACGAUGAUCGUAACAUGAAAUUCAACGAACUCGAAAGAAGCGAAAGAGUAAAUUUUGUUAGCGAGGGGCAUGUUUAUACCGCGGUGCAGGAAUGUUCAACCGGUCGAAAUUCGCGCGAUGCUGGACGGACUUCCCCUACGUCCAAUGCAGACCUAUAUCGAAAGAGAUAACCGUACCCACGAAAUAUGACUUAUAUCGUCUCGAAACCGGGCCAUCACUGAAAGCAACAAUGAACGACGAGGAAGCUAUGUACGCUCUUAAAACGAUGAUGUACAUCCGACGAAUGGAAAAUAAGUCAGCGGAAUUGUACAGAUUACGCUUGAUCAACGGCUUCCUUCAUUUAUAUUCCGGUCAGGAAGCAGUGUCUGUCGGUAUAAAGUUAGCGAUGGAAAACCACGACAGUCUCAUCACAGCCUACCGUUGCCACGGUUUCGCCGUAGUUUUCGGAUCCUCAGCGCGGGAAAUAUUCGCCGAACUAAUGGGUCGGAAGACCGGAGUGUCACAAGGGAAAGGUGGCUCUAUGCACAUGUACGCGAAGCAAUUCUACGGCGGUGACGGUAUCGUCGGUGGUCAGGUGCCGAUCGGUACCGGACUGGCGUUCGCACAUAAAUACAACGGCAUCGGAGCAGUGUCAUGGACGUUGUACGGUGACGGUGCUGCGUCCCAGGGUCAGGUUCACGAAUCGUUCAACAUGUCAAUGUUGUGGAAUUUACCGGUGGUGUACAUUUGCGAGAACAAUCUGUAUGGAAUGGGUACGGCGGUGCACAGACAUUCUGCGAACACGAAACUUUAUACUAGGGGAGAUUUGAUCCCUGGAAUAAAGGUAGACGGCAUGAAAGUAUUGGACGUCCGCGAAGCAAUGAAGUUCGCGAGAGACCAUGCUCUGCGAAAGGGUCCAAUACUUUUGGAAGUGGUCACAUAUAGGUACUUUGGGCACAGCAUGAGCGAUCCUGGUACAUCAUAUCGUACCAGAGAGGAAGUGAAAAGCAUGAGAGACGAACGCGACCCUAUCAAGUUGCUUUCUCAGUUGAUGAUAGAAAACGGCUUGAAAACUGACGCGGAAAUUCAACAAUUACAAAGUAGCGUGAACAAGGCUGUGGACGCGGAAAUGGAGCAAGCGAAAGCAGAUCCUCCGCCGGCGAUGUCGGAAAUCGUGACGGAUGUUUACGCGAAGCCACUGGAGACACUUCGCGGGAAAUCGCCGUGGGAAUAUAGUUAAAUCCAUCGAAUAUUCCAAGUUUCGUUUCGAGUCUUUGAUGUGAACGAGAAAUAAAUGUCUUGUAACCGAAGCGCAUUUCACUCUCCGAAUUUCUGGUUCGUGAGCUAAACUCGAUGGCACGGACGGCUGUUUGUUUCUCGUUCUUACUCCGUCAAUUGGAAUGAU